AAUUAUUGGCUACGAGUUGACCUGUUCGGUGUUGUCGCAACGCCAAAAUGUGGCCGGAACGCAACAGGGGCCCGGCCACCUCCACCCUCCCCCCGCUGCCGGCCAGCUUCCACGACCUCUACGCCUCUACCGUUCGCACCACCACCCGCGACGACCCUUCCCUGCACCAAGGCCGCACCCGCCAGAUCCCCCACGUGCCCGGCAACUGGCCCACCCACAUCUACAUCGAGUGGCACCCCCCGCCCGCAGUCCACGAGCUGCUGACCGAGCUGGUCUCGUCACUUCAGUCGCAAGCCUCCAGUGCACUUGCGGGGGACACGAAUACCACCAUCACCAACUUCCUGCAGAGCGACCUGGGCGCGCCGCAGCCGCUGCACAUCAGCCUGUCGCGGCCGAUCGUGCUGUCGUCAGACGACAGGGCCACCUUCCUGCGCGAGGUGGAGGCGGCGAUCCGGGCCAGCGGGAUCGCCGCGUUCGGGCUCGCGUGUUGCAGGGCCGAGUGGCAUCGCACCGCCGAGAGCGCGAGGUCGUUCCUGGUGUUGAGGUUGACUGAGAUGCUGAGGCGGUGCAAUGACGUGGUUGCGAAAUAUGGACAGUCGCGGCUUUACGAGUGGGCUGAGGGCGACGGGCAAGACGAGGAAGAAGGCCGGUGGGUAGGUGAGGCGUUCCAUGUGUCGAUUGCCUGGUCGUUUGUCGAGCCUACCGAGGAGCUUGUGAGAGUGACUGAACAAGUGUUCGGCAGUUGCAGCGCCAAGAAGAGGAUGCGAGAACUGCGUAUUCCUGUUGAGGGCGUGAAGGUCAAGAUAGGAAACGUUAUAACGCAUGUUGUACUGCCGCAGCGAGGGAGUAGGGCAAAUGAGAAGGGAGCCAAAAAUCUACUCGGCUUAUAA